CGAGUUAACCGUUCCUCUCAAUCUCAGAGUUCCGAACAGUUAACAUCGCGUUGACUCUUCUAUACCUCCUAUACCAUAGAUUACAACUCUAGAUUACAACGUGUGCUGUUAACCUUACUUCCAUAAAGUAUUCUUACAUUUAUUUAUCCGCUUUUAACAAUUUAACUAUGACGAAAAAAGUCUUAGAACGUAAAAGGAAAGUAGAGUUAAAUAAGGAAAAUGUACCAGAAAUAGAAACGUUGCCAGCGAAAAGAAUGUCAGAUGAACCGCUUUCGAAAAAGGUAAAAUGGAUUAACAAGCAACGGGUAUUGGUUUUCGCUACUAGAGGAAUUAGUUAUAGACAUCGUCAUCUUAUGGAUGAUUUGAAAACUCUUAUGCCUCAACAUCGCUCUGAAUCAAAAAUUGAACGCGCUAAAAAUUUACAAGUUGUAAAUGAAAUAUGUGAAAUGAAAAAUUGUAAUAAAACAAUAUUGUUCGAAGGCAGAAGAAAAAGAGAUCUCUACAUGUGGUUUUCUAAUAUUUCUGAUGGACCCAGUGCUAAAUUUCUUGUAGAAAAUGUAUAUACAAUGGGGGAAUUAAAAAUGACUGGAAAUUGUUUAAAAGGUUCUCGUCCUUUAUUAUCAUUUGAUGAAAAUUUUACCAACAAAGCACAUUAUAGUCUCUUGAAAGAAUUACUCGUUCAAAUAUUUGGUGUGCCCAAUCAUCAUCCGAAAAGUCAACCAUUUUUUGAUCAUGUGUAUACAUUUAGUAUAUUAGACAACAGGAUAUGGUUUAGAAAUUUUCAAAUUUUAACUGAAGAUGGUGGUUUAGCUGAAAUUGGUCCAAGAUUUGUUUUAAAUCCAAUCAAAAUAUAUAGUGGAAGCUUUGGAGGAGAAGCACUAUGGGAAAAUCCCACUUAUAUUUCACCAGCAAAGUUCCGUCAAUCUAUAAUUAAAAAAGCUGCUGAUAAAUAUGUAAAUAAGGUGGAACAGAAGUUAGUUCAAGAAAUCAGUAAGCCGAAAAAAUCAUAUUCUUUAAAUCCAACCGAUGAGAUAUUUAAAGGUGACCUGUUAGAAACAGCAAAAGAAUUAGAAGAAACGGAAGCAAAAAUAAUAGCAACUAAUAAACCUAACAAAACCAAUAAAACUAAAAGACCAAGAUUAAAAAAUAAUGUUACAAAACAACUUAUAAAGAAAGUAACUGAAACCAAUUUGAAAAAGAAAGCAGGUUUGAAAAGGAAAACACGUUUGAAGACAAAAACACGUUUGAAGAAGAAAACAAAAAAUUAAUGAAAUAAUUGUAUUUACAAUAUUUUGUAUAUUAUGCUGUAAUAAUAAUGUUUUUAUUAAAUAUAUCAUAUACUGUAAUUUUUAUUUUCUACUACCAAUACAAUAUGUAGAUUGCAUUAAGACAAAGCAUAUUAAAA